AUGAAGCUCUCCACUUCGAUACUCCAUUUACUGCUCAGCACAUCGGCAUGUCUCGCACACUGGAACUACGACCGUAUAAUCGUCAACGGCGAGAUGAUUGGCUCACCCUACCAAUACGUUCGCAAAACCAACAAUUCUAACAACCCCCUUCAAAAUGUUAAUUCCGCACACAUGCGCUGCAACUCCGGCGCUGAAUCUGGCAUUGCACUCAGUACCCAGACCUACACAGUCACCGCUGGUGACAUGCUAGGCUUCGCAAUCAAGGACACUUUCGGACAUCCUGGACCCCAGCAAGUGUAUCUUUCCAAAGCGCCACGGUCCGCCGCUGAGUACGAUGGUUCAGGCGACUGGGCGAAGAUCUACAGCCUCACCUACUCCCUAAACUCGAGCUACGGCGCCAGUGAUGGCCUUCUCAAAUGGGCAACCCACAACGCACGAACCUUCAACUUCAAGCUCCCUUCCGGAACACCACCAGGCGAGUACCUGCUCCGUGCCGAAGGUUUGGCACUUCACGCAGCGCACAAACCAGACAACUACCAGUUUUACGCUGCUUGCGCGCAGAUCAACGUCACUGGUAGUGGUGCGGGUGUUCCAGGUCCGACGAUUAAAUUCCCAGGUGGUUACCAGUGGAAUUCGACGGGGGUGUUCAUACCGGAGUUUUGGAGCAAGAUUACGAAUUACACAACUGCGGGACCGAAGCUGUGGCCGGAAGGGACGGGGGAGGCGCACGUUUUGGAUGGGACGAGGAAGAACGGCGCGGACUAA